AUGACCACCCAUGGUACCGCCUCUAUCGCAAUGAUUAUUCUCGUUCUGCACUUUGAAUCGUGUUGCUUUGCGACCAUCUUUACCCUGGCACUUCGUGGCCUCGGUCGCCACACCAAGCUUGGUGGCUCCAUGCUCGUCGCAGCCAUUUCGGGUGGGAUGGUCUUCCCUCCGAUGAUGGGGUGCUGUCGUGGUACGUCAAUAUACAUCCCCACCCAGCCCUUGGUCCUGGUGACUAACGCGGAUGUUCUUUCCCAGACUCAUGUCAGUGCCCAUACUGCCAUGGCAAUCCCCAUUAUGGGGUAUAUUCUUGCUAUGAUCUUCCCCAUCUAUGUGAAUAUCUACAAGAAAGAUACCAUGGAUCUGCACCGUAACACCGAAGUCAAUGUCAAGGUACCGGUCUCAAAGGAAUUUGAGUUGGAGGAGGGCAACCAGAGCAAGCCUACUGCCAAAAAUGCGGGGGUUGUGGGGGCCCACGGCCCCGAGAGGGAGGAGGAUCCGGGUAACUAA